GGGCCUGUGUCCCUUCUCUCUUCCCCCAGUCCCCUCCUCGGAAGUAGACGCACCAGUCUAUAUUCCGUUUUUAUUUUUAUACAUUUUUUACAACAAUCCCUUUUCCCCAACACUUAGCACCAUGGACGCCAAGAUGGACGACUAAACCGAAAAACGGGUCCCCGAUUUCACCCCUUUAUUUAUCCUUGAACUGAGAGGACCGGAUGAAAUCCAACUGUGGUUUUCUCCGCUUCGCAGGGGAGGUAGCUGUAUCCAGUGGGGAGGUAGGCUCAACCAGGGGAGGAAAGAAUGAAGUUCCACGAACCCUGGGGAAGCCAGAGGCUGUCUUUUCUUCUAGAAAAGGCAGCUUCUAGGGAAGCCAAGAUGUGGAGGAACUACGUGCCAAAGAAGCCCUCCUCACAGGAUACAGACAUCUCCCCUGCCCAGCGGGACGAGGCUGUGCGCUGGUUGACGGAGCUCCAUGGCAGACUGCAGCUGUACCCAGAGACCCUGGUGUUAGCUGUUAGUAUCCUGGACCGCUUUCUAGCUCCCAUCAAGGCCCGUCCAAAGUACCUGCGCUGCAUCGCCAUUGCUUCCUUCUUCCUGGCUGCUAAGACCUGUGAAGAGGACGAGCGUGUGCCCUCACUGAAGGAGCUGGCUGUCUCUAGCAGCUGUGGCUGUUCUCCGUCAGAGAUCUUGAGGAUGGAGAGGAUCAUCCUGGACAAACUGAACUGGGAUCUGCACACUGCCACAGCACUGGACUUCCUGCACAUCUUCCAUGCGAUGGUGCUGUCGUGUCGUUCUGGGUUUUUGGACUCCAUGUUGGGACUGAACCGCUCUCAGCAUCUUGCCCUGCUCACACGCCGACUCUACAACUGUCUGGCCGACCACACACUUAUACAGCUCAGAGGAUCCAUGCUGGCCUUGGCCCUCAUCACCCUGGAGCUGGAGACCUGUUGUCCUGACUGGCUGGCUCUUACCAUCGACCUGCUGAGGAAGGCACAGAUCGACAGCUCUGAGUUGAUUCGGAGUCGAGAGCGAGUGGCCCGUAGUCUGUCCACACUGAGAGCUUCCCUGCCUCCAAACACUGUCUACAUCUACCAACCCCUGCAGAGCCAAACCACUGUGCAGCAGGACCCCACACUCCCUUCCUGCACGUUGGGGAUCAUCACUUCUACCACCGAGUCUUCCAGGGACCACACCUUCGUCACCACCAGCCCUGCCCAGCCACAGACAUCUGCUGGAGUGGAGGAGGAGAGCCAGCAGCCCUGGAGCUCCGUCUCUACCAACAGCAACAUCCACGCUCUACUCUCUCCACCCAAACACCUCCGCCAUCUUAACCACCUGCAGAAGGUCACACUGCGUUUCAAGGCCUCCACCAAGCGCAAGGUGGAGGAGAUGGAGGUGGACGAUUUCUACGACGGCAUCAAACGCCUCUACAAUGAAGACGUCACCACCACCACUGUCCAGGAGGGGGCAGCAGGUGGAGGAGGAGGAGGAGGAGGAGGUCUGGGUGUCUGCAGUGUCCUGUUGUCCCAACAGGAAGGCAGCUCAACCCCCUGCCCGCCUCUGCAGCCAGUCAGUGCCUCCUAGAGACCAAAUAGGAACCUGUUUACCAAAACCACCUUUACACUGAACCCAUCUUCCUGUUUCACUGUCAAAAUGAACUCAUCAGAUCAAAGUUUUCAAACUACAUUCAGUCUUUUAGAUCAAAUGGUGACAUUAAGGCUGCUCUUUUGGUAAAAGUGAUGGGCACCUCCCUCAGCAACAGGCAACAGAGUCAGAGAAAGAGAAAUAUUUAAUUCAGUGUUUCCAUCUGCAUAAAGAAGCAAUAUACAGGCAGCUCCUCAGGAAAUGUUGCCCAUCAGAGUUGCCAGAAAAUAUUCUGUUACAUCACUGAUUUUGACAAAAAACAACAAAAAUACUGAUGAUGGUAUGAUACAGAUAAAGCAGUGUUACAGAUGGUUUUUGUGGUUAAGAUGGUUUUGGUUUCAGAACAAAUGACCCCAGCGUGACCCUUAACUGUUCAGCUGACCUGAGUCAGUUCCCAUCAUCCCCUGCAGCUGGAAAACAGAGCCCAAAAAAAUUAAAACAUUAAAAAAAUUAAAAACGUGCUGCUACUAUCUUAUUAAUUAUUAUAUUUGUUGAACACAAAUACAGUAUUACAAAAGUAAAAAAAAAAAUUAUAAAUAGAAAAGCUACCUGAAAAAAACCUAGAAUUGACUUCUCUAGCCCUGUGUCUCGCUCUCUGUCCUGCUGUGGAAGAUUUUUGAAACCGUGAUCGUUUGUCAACUUAUAUUUGUUGUUCACCUCUUUUACUCUUUUCUCUCAUUUCAUAUAUUUAUGUUGUCAUUCUGUCUGUUCCCUUUUCCUUCCUCACUCUGCAUGUUUUCAUCUCUUUUUAUAACAUCUUCAUAGAGUCUAAAAUCAAAUGUAUGAAUGUUUCUGCAUAGAUGAUUCUCUGUAUUACUCGCCCAGAUAGAAAAAAGUUGUUUUUUUAGUGAAGUGCAAUUUGAUUGUUGAUAAGAUGUUAAUUUAAAGAUCGCUCCUAUCAAUCCCUGUUUCCCCUUUCCUCUCAGCUUGUUGUGGUGGCUUGACUGAAUGAAAGUUUCCCAGGUUGGUCUCUUCGCCCACAAACUACAAGACGUCUCUUUGACGUCACCCGAGUAAUCUGGUUUCCCUCUGCAGGCGUCUUGGCUUUCAAAUGAUCAUUUUAUUGAUUGUUUUGGAGCUGAGGUCCUUUUGAGACAACAAAUUAUUGGUUACAAAAGCAGCUGUCAGUGGGUGAAGUUAACCACAGUCUGUUACCGUACCUCCCACCCACUCUCUGAGGGACCUACAGUAGUUGUAGUCCAAUCAGGGUGCUGCAAUUCAACAUGAUGUAACUUGGUUAAUUAAAUGUAACUUAUAUGCUCUCAUCUAAAACCUCAAAGUCUUGGUCAUGAGGACUUUUUGCUAGAGGGAACUAUAACUGUGGUUUACAGGCUCAACUCUAAUAGAAAAAAAAAAACCCGCAACCUUGACCCAAAUAAAAACAUUUUUAAAUUUAAAGCUAAGAGACAGAAAUGUGGUUUUUGGUAUCUGAACUUUAGAAGGGAGACAAGCGACAAUCUUCACUUUGAAAUCUAAAACAACAUGUUCUGUUUUUAUCUCUUGAAGUUUUGUUUAAUAUAUUUUUAUUCCUGCAAAAAGCUCUGUUGUUCCUGCUGUAGGAGCUGCUGGUGGCUGCUCCAGGUCCCUGAACACACCGUGGCACCGAUAAAUAAAGAGUAUGAAAACCGUG